GCUUCUUGCCAUAUAGCGAAGCUUUUCUCGCUAGUAUUUGUGCAGAUCGUGGCGUGUGCUCUCCAGAAUCGCACACUCAAUUUCUUCGACAUCAACAAAACGCUCAAGCAAAUUCACCUCAGUCGGUACUCAACCGUCGAUCGAGCUCGGUUAUAGUUCAAAGCACCUGAAGAAAACGAGCCAACGAAGAAGGGAAAGAACACCAGUAGUUUGUUUCGAAGUGCUUCUCUUGCUUACAAAGCCCCGUUCAUUCCUAUUGAAAUAUUUGGAGCGUUCAUUUGAAUAAAAAUAUUAUAAUACAUAAAAUAAAAUCUCAUUGUGUAGAAUAAGUUAUCUCUCUGGGUAUGAAGAAAGAUUUAGCUUGAGUGGCAAAAAGUUGUGGAAGUGCUUGGGAAAAGUUUCCCUUUUCGUAUUGUGUGUGCAAGUACAAGACAGAAAGUGCAAAACCCAUCAUUAGUACAGCAUUAAACGGAAAAUUUCUGCGACGAUGACUCUCAUCAGUAAAAUUGUCCAGAUAAUUCUGGUGAGCUUCUAAGACCGGGAUAAACCCCAAAUCCAUCAUCUCGUCGAUGUUGAGUACUGACUAAAAAGAAAAGGAAAUCAUGACAACAACGAUUGAAGAUCAUUUCGUGGACAACAAACUAUCUACCCUAUGGUUCUGGGGUGAAUUUAUCGGUGUCCUUCUUAUUCUUUGCCUAAUCGCAAUUCUCAUAUCAAUACGAAGAGGACAGAGAAUGAUUACGCCGCAUCGCUUCAAAAAUUCCCGUAUUCUGAUCACCAAUGGUUCAUCUUUUUUAUCUCGAGAGCUCCAUCAUCAAUUGACGACACGUCACCAGUGUCAAGUAGUUCUUGUGUCCGAUUCCAAAGAUGCCACAAGCUAUGGGCAGAAAUUCGAUCUGACCAAUGGGAAUAUUGUUAAUCUGAAUUGUGACACAGUGUGCCAUCAUCAAAUGAAUUCCCUCGCUGGAUAUGUGUGGAACGAGUUUGGAUCUGUGGAUGCAAUCAUUGACAUCGAAGAGGAAGUGCAUACCGGCGAUGUUUGUGAUGUUGUUCAGCAGACUGGAACAAAUAUUCAGCGUUUCUUGAAUCUUGUAACGAAUUUCGGACCAAAAAUGCAUCAAUCCGGUGGCGGUCAGAUCGUUACGGUGAGGAGCAAUCUCAAUGCAGCCGGUGCCUGUGUAUCAAGUCGCGAUGACGUCUUGGAUAUGAUGGAGCAACUGGCACAGGGUGAAGCAACGAAUUUCACUACCAACAUUCAACUUUCAACAAUCUUUCUGAAUCACGGAAGAACCUUCAAUGAUGAUGACUUUAUGCAUCGUUUGGGCAUUGUGUCUCAACUCACGCUACCUGAAGUGGCUGAUCGCAUAAUCAGGGGCCUCCAAACUGGUAAAGACAAUUUGGAGAUCAAAUCGAGAAGAAGUCUGAUAGAUUAUAUUGUAAAAAAACUAAAGAAACAGGACAAUUCUGAGUUACUUCAGAGCGCCAACAUUUCAGCAUCAUUGAGAAAUUGUCAAUGAAAUUUAAGCACAAAGAAGUAUUAAAAAAAAUGAGAAGCGCUUAUAAGGAAGUCUUGAAUUUUAUGUAAAUCACACGAGAUUAGCAUUGCCCGCGAAUCAUCUAAAUCCCACACAAAGUUUGUGUGGAUCCACAUGCAUUUUGUUGAUUUAUGUCGCAUCACUAGCAUUUAAUAUGCUGAACGAUAAAAAAUACACCUUCAAUCCGGCAGUGUGAUCAAUUUAUCAGAAUGCUCGAAGGCCGUAUUUAUUUUUAUUAUUUUUGUAGAUUUUUUGUAAAAAGAAUUAUAAAAAUUUGAAUUUAUAGUGAAAAGGUGCUCUUAAUGUGAAUUAAGUGACUUUUAAAGGCAAUCGUGCAAUAAAAUUUCUGCGAGGAAGUUGA